AAUGAAUCGGAAUGAUACUUACCUCAUUGUUAGCUUGCAGCGCUGCAAUUAAGCUAGUAGCUAGUUAGUUAGCUCAAGUUAGCCGCUAAGCUAAAGCUACAACGCCAGCAUUGUGUUUACAUCGUUGUUUGUCCAUGUCCCAUGAUGCUGGGCGUUGAUUGUGUUCUUUUUGUGAUAUGGGUCGUGUAUUGUCUGCACGUCUUUGAUCACACAGUGUCUGACAAAUUCACGGAGAGCAUGUACGUGCUGGCUAACGAGCCGUCAGUGGCUCUCUACAGACUGCAGGAACACGUCAGAAGGUCGCUGCCUGAGCUGGUGCAACACAAGACUGACAUGCAGAGCUGGGAGGAGCAGAGUCAAGGAGCCAUCUACUCUGUAGAGUAUGCAUGCAGUGCCGUGAAGAGCAUGACGAACAGCAGCCUGUACUUCAAAAACAUUGACGGCCUCCUCCGUCAAGCCAUCAGCAUGAAGGAACAGAUCAGCAACUCUCAAGGACGCAGCUUACAUGAUGUGACCCCCUCUCCCAGUCCCCUUGUCUCUGCUCCACAUGCCCCUUCCACUUCCUCAUGACCUCUGGACUGAGGUGUCCAAGGUUAGUAUUUCCUCCAGACAAUCAUAAUAAUAAUCACAUUCAGGCCUGUAUUAUGUAUAUUCUUUUACAGAAGUGAUUGAAAUGUGCAUUUAAAUGACAUUUAAAGCUUUUGUAAACAUUAUUUUAAUCUCCUUUUUAGGUCUUGAAAAACAUCCUGCUUUCAAACUGAAUUAUAUUUUCUAAAGUGUAUUAAUUAGUUGAUAUGAAAUAUUGAAUACAUAACAAAAACUGCACAUUGUGCACAAAUAUUUGGCAAAAAGCCACCAUAUACAGCAGAAUAAAGUAUUCACAUUAUUACAAUUGAAGCUAUACGUUUUCCAGAUUGAUACUUGGGCAACACUGGUGAGUUUGAAAUCAAGCUCAUUCACCAAAACACUACACAUUAUUCAAGAGCUGUGCUCAAUAUGUUUUUUCAUCAAAUUUAAAAUUCUUUAUAAUCCGAACAGGAGAAAUCAGUUGAUAAAGGUCCAGUUAGGAUGAACAUACUGAGUAAAAAGGUACAAACUGACAGUUCUACAUCUAUUUGAAUCCACACUUGUGUUAGCGGUCCUCUUGUGCUUGAUGCGUAAAGGUCAGCAGUGUCUUUAACCACAAGCUCAGCUUCCAUGUCAAACAAGAGUAGAGUCUUUCGCGGAAAUCCCUGACUUGCGUGCGAGGACACUCCUCAUCUCAUUGUUGACCCCGUUCCAGGGUUUAGCCUGGGCCUGCAGUAGACCAGAUUCAGUAGACAGGGUCCUGUGCAUUCGGGAGCCACUGCCUCCACUGCUGUAGCCGUCUUUAUCGCUGGCGUGGCCCUGCGAGCCUCCGGCAGGAGAGUACUGCUGCUGCUGGUACUGCUGCUGUCUCAGGUUGCCACACUGAGGGUAGGAGAUCGGCUGCUGGAGGUGAGACUGGCUGCGGUGCAUCCGCGGUUUGUCCACGCCAAUCUUGAGCUCGCGGUGUCGGGAGACGGGCGUGUUGCCGCCGUGGUCGUUCUGGAAGAGGGUGUCGAGGUGGUCGCUGUGAUGGUGCUUGGCGCCGCGAGAAGCUUUGACCAGAGUGUGGAUCACAACAACCAGUAAGACGAAGAUCCCAGAGGAGAGUACGCAAGCGCUCGCCAUACCCGUCUCCACUUCAAAUAUGAGGAGCAUAAAGAUGGACAUAGCUGCAGAGGAAAAGAAGGAAACGGAGGAUUGAUACACACAGAAACACUAAAUCAAUGUUAAUCUAUUAAAGAGCCUAAUUACUUUUAAACAAAAGUUACUUUUUACUUUCAUCUGGAUUUGCUGCUAGUUUUUGCUACAUUUUUUAUUUUCACAUUACUUGCUGCACAUCCAAGCAAAUGGAUGCUUUAAAAAAGUGUUUAAUGUUGUUGGAAUGUCAUUUAAAGGCCGGCUAUUCUUAGUUAAGUUGUUCUUGUGUUUAUCUGCAGGAAAAGGACCAUGGAGUCAGGCAAGGAAGGGGGAGAAAAGCACAGCGCUGGGAUGUGACGCAACUUCCUGAGUCGGUGGCGUUGCUUCUACGGUCCCCUUUCUCUGCUACAGUCCCCUUUCUCUGCUACAUCUUGAUUGAGGCUGAAGUGGGCGUCAUAAAUGAGACGCCUCCUCAUCACAAUGGAGUGACUGCCCCCCCCCCCUCUAGUACAAGCCGCUCAGUGGAACAGAGCAACACAGCGCUGCCAGGUUCAGCAUUAACAACACUUAAGUCAUGGACGCUGCUCAAAGAAUGCAUUGUUCUCUCGGACUCGCUGGACGGACCAGAGAGAAAGCAGCAGUGCUGGUUUUUGCCCCGGGUGUUUAAAAUCCACUGCACUGCCAGUGUUUUGGACACUAGUCUUUGUGAAUUUGUUUAUUAGAGGCUUAUAAGUACCCUGCAUGCAAAUUAUAAAACACACUUGCACAAGGAAAACAUACAAAUGUGCGCUAGAAGGCAAUAACAGGUGCCUUUAUUUCAGGAUUAAAUGUACGUACAUGCCAGAUCGGGCAACAGAAUCUUUAAAAAUAUGUUUUUCCUUUUUUUUUUUUUCUUACCUGCCAAGUAGACAGAAACCCCGAGGCAGAACAGUCCAAUAGCCACGUGUCGCACAGCUCUGCUAUCUAAAAGGAACCAGUCUGCUCUGUGGAAACAAAUGUUGUACGUUCAAUGUUGUGGCUCAGGCAUGUUUACACUGUUACUUUGAUAUUCUCAUCGGUGCAUAAAUUGACAAUUUCUGUGUUGACAAUUUUCUUUCGUGUCGGUUCAUUACAACUUUUUUACAAUACAAUCCAACUUUCCAUGGUCCUUUUUUUUUUUUUUUUUUUUUUUAAGUCCUAAAACAUGUGAUUAUUGUUUAUCUGGGUAUGUUUAAAUGAAAAGCUCAUUAGUAUUCACAUUUUCUUGGAAUGUACCCGUCUGUCAGUGGGGAGGUCCUGGGGUAUGCUGCUGGAUUUGUAAACCGACAUGGGAAAGGGCCAGCUAGAGGCCGUGUGCUGGGUGAAUAAUGAGAGGAAGGCCAUUGUUUCGAUGGGAUUCAUAGGGCUUGAGAGGUGGGGGUCGGCCAACCGCAUUGCAGUACGGGCCUCUGCACUCCGACACAUAAGGAAGGCUCUUUUAUACUUCUGAAACUGUGUUUUCUUUUAAUGGAAUUUAAUGCAGUCCACCAGGAUCUGUUGUGGUUUACGGAGAACAAUUAAAGAAGAUCGUGUGGGCGCAGGAAGAAACACUGACUAAAUAAAAUGUUAUUUCCACUUUCAGCAACAGUGACUCUAGGGCCAUUUAAUAAUUAUUACCUUUCUUAAAGCAUGAUGUUUUAGUGAGGCAUUUAUUAAAUUCUGGGGGUUUAUUUGAGGCUGUACUUUGUGGUGGUUUUGUUUUGCUCUGCCUUAAUAUUAAAAGUUUGCUCAUUUUCAUACAUGGACGAACACCACACAAACUACAGCCUCAAAAAUGAGAAUGAAGUUGGAUUAGUAUUCCUCCAACAUAGUGUCAAAUUUAAGUAGGAUUUAUUAGGCUGCAGGAUUUGCAUUACAUAACACGGGGGUUAUAUUCACUUCACUUGAACAAGUAGUUAAAGUGAAAUAAUACAAAGUUAUGUAGCCACAGUGGCCACAAAUUACACUUACAGGAUACUAUUAAUGCUAAAAUGUAGAGUAAUGUAACACCAGUAAGCGAAAGUGUUGACCAAUAUUUGCUAAUUAGCCACCGAAGCUAGCUCACUGUUAGCACAACACCACCUGAAUUGAGCUAUGGUCGGUUUUACUGCUUAUAAAUUCAAACUUUGUGUUUGUUUGUUAGAGAAACAUGUUAUUUCUUGUUUUAAAACGCACACAGUCUUGCCCCAAAGGUCGCUUUUCAGUAUAACAGUUGAUUUCCAGCCGCGUAUUAACAUAGCAAUUACCUAUAAAGCGACUACAGGUGCGUUUACGCCUUCAAAACCGACCGGAACUAGCUGUUUCUGAACUAUUCACUGAACAAGUGAGUGAAGCGGCUGAAAGUGACGCCGCAGGUGUUUUGUUGUUGUUGUUGUUGUUUUUAAACUUGUGGUAGACGACCUGCGUUACAUGCCGACUAAAUACCUUUCAGUGUCCUGCUCUCCUCUGCAGACCUCUGUGGAGAAGUAGCUGUGGAGGAGACAGACCACCACAGAGCUUAAGUGAAGGCUGAGGGAUAGAGCCGAGAGGACCGUGGAGACGGGCAGCAGGACGGCCCAGAUCUGAGCCGGUACGAGCAAGGAGGUGGACGGGGGAGACUCCUUCAUGGCCGUCUGUUGAGACUGAAGCUGGAAAAUCAAAAUGACCGAUAAAACAGACAUGAUGGCCGAUAAAAUCCCCAGUAAAGACAGAACUAUCAGACACCGCUGGCUGUACUUGAGCGUCAUCUUUAUCCUCAAUGUCAGGUUUCUCUAGAAUAAAAAAAAAGUUUAUCCUUCCCGGGUCGGACUCUUUGAUUAAAACUUCUCCGGUGGUGCAAAACUCCCAAAAAGUAGCGCUGGCAUUGCAGUGUGAAUAAAAAAAAGUUUCCCCCUCGGUCCCGUCGGGAUGAAUAGUGUUUUCCUCCCCAACAUGCAGCAGUUUGCCUGUUGUGGUAGAGCGCCCUGCUGCUCAGUCUGAGCAUGUGAUGUGCUUUAAAUCCCCAGAUUAAAAACUUCGCAACAACAAUGGACU